AUGGAAAAGACUGAAGCCAAGAUGCCUACAAUGUCUGAGAUUCUACAAGAGGCCAUGACUCGCAUAAAAAAGGCAGCAGGAAAAAAUGUAGAGUUGGAGACGAUUGCAAACGACCUUGAGAAAUCAAUUAAGGAGUGGGAUGAUUUUGUACGAGAAAGCGAUAAAAUCAAUACUGCUUUGAAAAAACUCAUUGAUGAUGAGGGCAACAUAAUCGAAAAAAGUAAGAUACAUUCCAUUGGUAGCAAUAUCGAAGGAUUAAGAAGGUGGGUUAUUCUACAAGAGGCCAAGACUCACAUCAAUAAGGCAAGAGAAAAAGAUGAAGAUUUGAAGACGGUAAACGAGCUUGAUAAAAUCAAUGCACUAUCCAGAGAUGAAGAUUUGAAGAUGGAAAACGAGCUUGAUAAAAUCAAUACAGUAUCCAGUCGUGUCUCAAAGUGGGAGAGCGAUUUCGAUGGUGAAAUUGAUAAAAUCAAUACUGCUUUGAAAGAACUACUAAUUCUCAAACAAGGCGACGACAGUGAAAGACAAAAAAAGAUAAAUUCUGUUCUUGGCGAUAUCAAACAAUUAAGAAGGAAGGGUAGUUCAGUGCAAUUCACUAAAGUGAAGAGCAGUUCAUCAUCUCGGCCACCACAGACACAAGAUGUGGCUUUGUCAGAAGCGUGGAAACAACUUGGUUUGGAAGAGAACAUUUUUUCAAAGACGAUAAACGUGGGAAAUCUUCAAUCAAGUUACCACAAUGUUGAGAACCACCAAAUAAAGCUCUGCUUACUCUCUCUCUCAAUAUUCCCGGUGAAUUAUCCUAUAAAGAAGAGGCUUUUAAUUUACUGGUGGAUUGGUGAGGGCUUCAUCAAUGGAAACGGGAAAAAGACAGCUGAGGAGGUUGGAGAAGAAGUGUUUGAGAAACUCAUAAAUCAAGGCCUAAUUAGACCGGUAGUAGACCGUCAUGAUUCAUGGCCAAUUGUGAAUAAAUGUAACCUGCACCCUUGGAUUCACCGUAUGUUGAUAUCGUUGGCCAAGGACGUUGAACUUUUUGAAUUCAUUAACAAGAGCUCCAAUACCAAGGUGCCCAAACAUAGGCGGUCGUGCUUAGUUUCAAUCACUCAAAACUAUUCUUCAGCUGAUCAGUAUCCCGCCAUGCCUGAGAACUUGUGGACAUUAUUCAAUUUAAGUGAGCAAUAUCUUCAUUUCAAACCAGACUGGCUUACCAAGUUGAAGACGAUUGAGGUUCUUCAGUUGGGGCGUUGGCAGGACGUUUUUUUAAAUCACAUUGAAACGAUAAAUGAAGAACUUCUGAAAGGUUUGGGGGCUCAGAAAAACUUGAAGUAUCUUAGUCUCCGAGGGAUUUCAAGAAUAGCUGAACUUCCUCCCUCCAUUGUAAACCUCACCAGCCUUGAAAUUCUUGAACUUAAAGCAUGUCACAAUUUAGAGACAUUGCCCAAUGAUAUUUCAUUAUUGAGGAAGCUGACGCAUUUGGAUGUAUCGGAGUGUUACUUGCUAGAAAGAAUGCCAACGGGGCUUGAUACCCUCACCCUCACUUCUCUCCAAGUGUUGAAGGGAUUUCUUAUAGGAGAUUCAAAAACCACUCCCUGCAGACUUGGUGAUCUUGGCAAAUUGACGAGAUUGAGAAGGUUGAGUAUCUACAUAGGAAGUGCGGCUGAAAUCCUGGAGAAUACUUCCUCUCUUCGCUGCCUAACAAUCACAUGGGCGUUACGUUCUAAUUCAGAAUCAAGAGAUAAAGUAAAGAUGCAAUCCUUUUCAUUUCCACCAGAUUUGCAAAAACUAGAUCUCAGAGCCUUUCCUCUAGAGGCUCCGCCAAAAUGGUUAACACCAACUAAACUGAAAAGAUUAAAGAAGCUGUAUAUAAGGGGAGGGGGACUUGGAAAGUUUGAUUUUGGGGAACAAGACAAGUGGGCAGUUGAAAUCUUACGUCUCGGGCAUCUAAAGAAGCUGCGGAUAGACUGGAACAAGUUAAAUCAAGAUUUUCCUUGUCUACGGUAUCCCAAAAAAGAAGAAGAAGUUAAUCCAAAUAAGAGUGAUUCAGAGAUGGUUGAGAGUUGA